AUGAAAGGAACACGCUAUCCACGGCAAUCAUUGAAUAGUUUGCUCAGUACCUGGUACGGUUAUAUUGAACUCUGAAAACUUGGCGACAUUCAACUUUAUCAUGCCGCCGAAAGUUAGUGGAAAAGCUGUGAAGAAAGCUGGUAAAGCACAAAAAAAUAUUAGUAAAGCUGACAAGAAAAAGAAGAGAAGAAGGAAGGAAAGUUACGCUAUUUACAUUUACAAAGUGCUUAAACAAGUGCAUCCUGAUACUGGUAUAUCCAGCAAAGCAAUGAGUAUCAUGAACAGUUUUGUGAAUGAUGUUUUCGAACGGAUUGCAGCAGAAGCAUCAAGAUUAGCACAUUACAAUAAACGAUCUACCAUUACUUCUCGCGAAAUUCAAACUGCUGUAAGACUUUUAUUACCUGGUGAAUUAGCAAAACACGCAGUCAGUGAAGGUACCAAAGCAGUUACCAAGUACACCAGCUCAAAAUAAACAACAUCUUGUUGUUUAAAAAAAACGGUCCUUUUCAGGACCAACAAAUUUUAAUUACGUGGAACAUUUUAAAGUUUUUAAACAUACAUAGUUCAAUACAUUCAUUAUUAAAUCCUAUUUUUUCAUUUUUUUCAUAUUUACUAUUUAUUCAUAUUUAUAAAAAUUAUAAUAAAAUUAUUUUAAUUGCUAUUAGUUAUUUAUAAUAUAAAACUAAAAAAUUUUAUUAUAUAUAUGAAUUUUAUAUAUAUAUAUUAAAUAUUUGAAAUUAAAUGUAAAAACGUAAAAUAUAUAAGAUUAAUGAAAAGUUUGUUAUAUAUAUAUAUAUAUGAAUUAAAAUGGAUUCCAAAAUCUUAAUUUUUUUAUUAAAUAAAUAAAAUUAUUUUAUUAAUAAAUUUUAAUAUAUAACUAUAAAUAAUUAUAGUUAAAUAAAAUUGUAUUUUCAAAUGUUUUAUUUUAAUAAAAAUUAUAUAAAAUUGGUAAA